AUGAUGGAUGAUGAAGAAUGUGAAAUAUUUGUUGCAUACUUUGGUACAAUAGAAAUCCGACGAGAUGUUACGAAAUCGCGAAUUAUUAUGCGAAAUUAUCUUCUUCAAAGGAUAACUCAAUUCCAGAUAGAUGGUACAAUCAAGGACAUAUCUCAUACCCAUAAUUACAUUUUUGGCUUAGCACCAUCGAAUCAUCUUCUUUACAUCCUUCGGAUAGAUUCAUUUUCCGUUUACUCCCUCAAUUUGGAUGCUAUUUCGGAAAAUCUUAAAUUUGAACAUCUCAUAGAUGUCUUCGUGGAAAUAGAGCGAAUGCGUGGAAGUGUGAAUUGUAAUAAUGGCCAAAUACCAGAAUUGGCUCAUUGCGAAUUGCAACAAACUAGAAAGGGAAUGAAAUCAAAUUUCAGUAAAAUCGAAGAUUUCCUCAUUUGUGCCACAAAUCGUUCAUGUUUUCUGGCAAGAAAUACGGCUAACAAUGAAUCAUCAUUGUAUCGAAUUUUCACUGAUAACAAGAUUAAUGAUUUUCAACUAUUACAAUUUGGUUCUGCUGAGUGUAUCCGAGAACUUUCUGCUGGUAAUGAUCAUAUAUUGAUUUUAACUGUAAAUGGCACAGUUUAUAGUAUGGGUACAGGAAGUCGAGGUGAGCUUGGCCAUGGUACGGUGGAAUGUGAGCAGCAGCCAAAGUUAGUGGAAAGUUUAACAUCUUUAGUAGUGGUUCAAGUGGCAUGCGGUGCAUGGCAUAGUAUUGCAUUGACCGAUCAUGGUGAUGUAUACCUUUGGGGAUGGAAUAAAUGCGGACAGCUGGGUAAUUGCUGUGAAAUUGGCGAAAUUUUGGAUAUACCUGUACCGUUGGACAUUGAUGAAAAUGUAGUCGAUAUUGCUGCUCAUGGAAAUAGUACCUGGUUAAGACGAGUUGAUCAAUCGGUACUUACUCUCGGUGUUCCAGAUAUUGUUGUCUUUUAUCGUAUGAGUCGGCGUGCUAGGAAGGCAUCCGACGAUAUUCAAUGCACAUCACAUGAUGAAAAUAUAGCAUUCGAUUGCUUAAGUGCGGAUGCCCAAAAUACUGUUUUUUGCUUUCUGGGUUCAACGGAAGUAGAUAGCAAGGAUAUUGAUAAUAUUGGAGCUGUUCGUCAAUUAUGUGGCAGUCGACGUCGAAGCGUAGUGUUUUGUAGAGCGUGUGGUCUUUUUAAAUUUGGUAGAUGGCUUACUCCCAAAGAAAAGCGUCUGAAGCUGUGGGUUGCCUGUUCAUUUUGGCAGCAUACGACGGGGAGAUUAAGUGAAAAGAAAAAUUGGCUCUUAUACAAGUUAUCGAAUUUAAAAUGGACACGAACAUUCGAAAUAGUAGCCAUGAUCAGCGAUGAAGGUGCAUUGAAAUUCAGUCUUUUUAUAAAAGAUAGUGUGGUUAGCCACGAAAGUAAUAUUUAUAAUGUGAAUGAUUCAGUCGAUAUCAAAGCUAUUAUCGCGAUGUUUUUUCCUCGCUUGGUACGAGCUCCUAUUUCUCCAACAGCGCUUGCAAUAAAAGUUAAAGAGAAUGCUGACGGAUUCUUCGAAAGCGUGCAGCGCGAACCUGUAAGAAAUUGGAAGAUUUCUACUGAAAAUAUUGUUGCAGUACUACGACCUUAUCAAGAAGAUGCAAUACGCUUUAUGAUUUCACGUGAAGACCCUAAUCAACAGACCGUAUUUGUGAUAGAAGAUGAUUUUGUUGAACUACCAACUACACCACGAAUUCUGUAUUCACCAAUUACUGGUUUUAUGUCACGACAGCUACGUAAACCUUCAUUCGGUAAAUGUCCUCCAGGUAUCUUUGGAUAUUUACUUGAAGAAACAGAUCGAAGCUAUAUUAGCAAAGUUAUUGGUCUGAUAUUAAGCCAUCAACGAGAUAAAGGACUUCCACCGAUUGUUAAAGAUAUGGCGAGAGAAAUUGAUACGGUAAAAAUGAUUGUCGGUGAACUUAUCUCUACAGUGGUAGCUGCAACUGAUGGAUAUUUGGCAUUGCAGGAUAAAAUAAAUUCGAGAUAUCGUCGAAUGUUUUGUUAUGACAAUUUGGAAUUCAAUAAUCCGAAGAGAUGUAAAGGCGAAAAUAGCGUACUGAAGCCACUGACUAUAGCUUGCACUGAAUGUUCUACAAUUUGUUCUCAGGAGCGAGUUUACUGGGAUAGAUUUUGUUCGCAUGAUAUUCCAUUUUUAUGUCCGGAAUGUAUUCAUAAUAAGGAAAGUGUGUAUCCAGUUAAAAGUACGCUUAUCAUUGCACCAUCUACAAUCUGUCAUCAAUGGUAUGAAGAAUUGAAGCGACAUAUCCGCGACGAUAUUAAAAUUGAUAUGUACCGGGGACUGGUUAAUGACGGUUAUAAACAUCCAGAAUAUCUGGCAACUCAGGAUGUUGUUAUCUGCUCUUUUGAGACACUCCGACAGGAAGUAUAUUUUGUAGAAGCUCGGCCAAGACUCGAUUCUUUACGGCGUGGCAAAAGACAUCACAUUGCUCCUACUCCGCUGUUAGCUGUGGAAUGGUGGCGUAUUUGCAUUGAUGAGGCACAAACGGUAGAAAGUACAUCAAGUUCGGUAGCGUCGAUGUGCGACGGUCUUAAAGCAGUAAAUCGUUGGUGUGUAACAGGUACACCAAUCACCAACUCAGUGCAAGAUUUGUAUGGUCUUGUGCGAUUUUUGAGGAUAGAGCCGUUCUGGAAUGAAUGUUGGUGGCGUAAUGCGUUGUUGAAUUUGUAUCAAAUUGGUAUUGAAAAACCAAUUUCCGAUUUGUUUUCUAAAAUAAUGUGGAGAAAUACGAAAAAAACUGUUAGUGAUCAGAUGCUUUUACCAUCAAAAAGUAGUAAUUUAACUGUUUUGCGAUUUACACCUAUUGAAGAACAAUUUUAUCGUGAAACUUUAUCGACUUGUCGCUUGAAAGUUCGUUACACUCCUUUUUCGUAUGAUGUGAGUACCUCAAUUUCGUCACUUCAUGGGAAAGACUUUGAAAAAUUAAUGGAACCUUUGCAAGCAUUACGCAAAUUUAUUGUUUUCCCUAGUCUUCGUUUUCAAGAGUCAAAGACUAAUGUUAAUACGGAAGAGAGUUUGCAAGAGGAACUGUUCCGAAUUUCAACACAGCAAGCUGAAGUUCAUCAACGGAAUAUAUUAAUGUAUUAUUGUGGUUUGGCUGGAUUAGAAUGGCUUUGUGAAAACGAGACUAAUGCUGCGAAAUAUUACAGUAGUGCGAUUAGUGCAAUGAAGGAACUAGAUCAAAUGAACAACAAACUCGGAUUAAAAGGAUCAAGAUGCGCUUACAGGCAGCUGAGGUCGGACAAGUUACAACAAAUCCACAUAUUUUCUGCCAUUUUGGACUUGCAAAAGAGUGGUGUUGAAGUACGAGGUAUUAAUCAGAAAGAAGCUGAAGCUCAGUUGAAUUUGGCUUCUACGGGUUAUAUUGAACAAACGGUAUCAAAUUUGACACAAUCAUAUGUUGCUGUUAACGAGUCUUUCUUAAAAUAUCAAACUACUUUAUCGAAGGUAAAAUCGAGUAUUGGAUGGUUAUGUGAAGCCAUCAAUUUGGUGAACAGUGCUGAACAGCAACAUCUUUUCAUUGAUGCUAUUCGAACAGCUCUUGAGAAUAACGGGAUUCAGAGUGUUCCGGCAUCAAAUUUGUCGGGUUUAAACUUGUAUGUGGUAAGACGAUGGGAUAAACUGAUUGAGUGUGCUAAGGAGGUUCUUUCGGAAACGAAAAAAAUUACGAAGAACAAUAUUAUGGACGACAGAUGGGUUGUCAUCCUGGAAGCUAUCAUUGCAUGCCAUUUUUCACCAAAUAAUGGCAAAUCAUUGAAGAACAAUGAUCAAGAGGAUGAAAUAGGGACAGCCGGGGAGCAGAAAAUUUCAAGCCUCGAGAUAAUUAUUCGAAUUUUCUUGGGAACACUAAUCCGAAUGCAAAAAGGAAUGCAGUGUGAUUUGAUUGGAUUAGGCAAGGAAACAAUUGCGCAGUUGGAAGAGUUCAAGACUUUAUUGACUCUUUCAAAACGACUCUACGCUUCUGCUAAUGAAUACGCUGCUAAAAUGUUCUGUCAAUUUUUUGGAUCUCAUGACGAGAUUCGCCAAUGUAAGCUUCGCUUAAAAUAUGCAACAGCGGAUGAUAUAGCAAAAUACCGCUCACAUUUGCCUAUUAAUUUAAUUAUUCGAGGAACAGAAAGCAAUAAGCGUCAAACCGAUCUAAAUGCACUAGAAUUGGAAAAACUGAAGCAGUCUCGUUGUUUAGCGAAAUUGCGUUAUUUGUCAAAUUUACGUUCUCAGCAAACACAUGAUUGUCCAAUAUGCUUAACAACCGUAAGGGAUACGUGGAUUGUCUAUCCCUGUGCUCAUUACCUCUGCGUAUCAUGUUUUAAUCGGCUUACUAAACGGUAUGAUGCAGUACUCAUAUGUGCUGUCUGCCGAGCCAGAACCUACAUAAGUCACAUUUCAUAUGUGCAAAAUAAAGCAUCAGAAAAAAACACCCAUUUGCUGGAUGUACCAAAUGUACAAUUAAAAAGGAGUGUUUCUGUUAAGGUUGAUGCUAUAAUACGACGGAUUAAAUCAAUUCGUUUGCGUGAUCCAACAUCAAAAACAUUGCUGUUUACAUCCCUUUCAGUACUUAUCAAUCCACUUUGUUGUGUAUUAUCCGAAAAUAGUAUCAACUUUCGGAACUUCUUAGGAACAAAUCGACAAAAAAUUCUUGCUGAUUUUCGAUUGAAACCUGAAAUUGAAGCAAGAUAUUUUCUCUUUCUUCUUUUUGUACUGCUUAUUAUGCCGAUGAGUUCCGGUGCACGUGGCUUGAAUCUUACCGCCUCUAAUAAUAUAAUAUUUGUGGAGCCACAGAUGGAUGUUUCUCAAAUUGCUCAAGCGAUAGGUCGAAUUGAUCGGAUUGGUCAAAAAAAGAAAAUGAUGGUACAUCACUUUGUAGUUUACGGUUCUAUCGAAGAACAAAUUUAUUACAAGUAUUCUCAGGAUCAGGAUAAAGAUUGGACGGUACAAAACAUUAUGCAUCUUCUUGAUUUAAAAGGUAAUAAUGAAGACCUAAUGUAUGAAGAAUAA